CUUCCCUCCGGAUCAUGACGGUCCUGUCACGCGGCAAGUGCCGGGAUCAAGGGUCCAGCACAGCCGCACAGACGAUUCCCGUCCCUGCGACCGUCUUGACGGUCUGUUUGGUUCCCUCCCCUACUGCCCCCGCGGGAGACGCGUCCCGUCCGUCUUCCUUCUCUUCCGAUCGCGAUGCCGCUCGCUCCCUCGCUUUCAGACUCUUGGUGUCUGUCUGUCAGGCGGGUUUUUCAGGCGGGGAUACCAACUACGCCACCGCCCAUCAUGGCUCUCGUCUUGCGACUGGUCUGACAUUGUUAGGGUCCUUUUUCGCUAUUGCAGUAAUCGCCGCCACUGUUUAUAUCGCGAUCGCCAGGAGGCAGGCACGGUUCUCUCAACAGCAGCGCCGUGCAUCUACCAGCUCAUUUGGACGGAUUAUGGACUUGUUUCCCCUACCCCCGCCUCUGCCUUUGCUACCAACAGCAUCCUCUCCGUCGGAUCCAAGUCCAGAGCCACCGCUGGCAACAAAAUACGCCUUUCCUCGCUUGAAUGGCAAACUUGACAAGAAUGGUGAUUUUGAGACUGAGGAAAUCGACUUGUCUCUGGCUAAUAAAACGGAUUGGUUUGUGGAUCUCUGCCAGCGUUACAGUCUCCCCUCCUACGGUACCAAAGCAGUGCGACGGGACCGUCUUAUGAAGUUCAGCCAGUCCGGAAUGGCAAAGUGGAAGUCGAGUCUUUUUACUCCUGCGCGUAUCCCUCACAAGGGCGUAAGGAACGGUGGUGUCACCAAGAGAAAACCAACAAGGCGGGAGCAUCGUAUCCUUCAGGCAAGCUCACUCACAAGUGCAACUCCACCGGUGAUCUUUGCUACGGAAAGAUCAAAGGACACUCGUAGUCAGACCGUGGUGGACAGAAUCCUACCAUGGGCUCAUAGUCUCUUGGCCAAGAUGGCACAAACUCCUCCUACAAACCCCCGCCACACUCAUCUGCCAGAACGAAAGACCAGCGGUACGUACAUUGGCAUGCAACAGAUAGUUCAGGAUCCCUUCGAGAACCCGGUUUUUGCGCAACGGGUCGCUUCGAUUGUUGAUGAGCACUUGGCCGUUUAUCGGGGUCCCGUCGAUGCUGCCACCGAGACCUUGCCCAUUUCUUCAGUUGAAUCGCCUCGUCCAUCCAUGGAUCUUGACACUGCCUGCCUUGGCCUGACUACAGCUUCCAACGACAGCUUCCCUACUUAUGUGGACCGCUCGGAUUCACCAACCUUACCAUCUCUUGAGCCUCCUAUGGUUGUGACGGCUUUAGGACCUGAGAUACCUGAGAGGGCACCUGUACCUUCCGACAAUGAUUCCGGCAGCAAGAUACAGUGUGUACUGAUCUUCGCCGAUGGCUCAAAAAUGCUAGUCCAUCAACGCGAUUACUGGAAUAUGCUGUAUAAAUAUAACAAGACUGUUCAUGGCGAGUGGAAGACAUUGAAGAACGACUGGAUGAACUGGAAGUUCUUCAUGGAGGCCUAUCGAGCCAGCGGCACACCUGAAGCAUUUUGGGCAACAUAUUCCGACUCUCAGGGACAACGUCUGAAAUACUCUCGCAUCUUGCAGCUCCUUCUAAAAAAACAUAAAGCGAGCAACGUUGCAGAGGAGGCAAAGCGGACUUUUGACAAGGGAGUUCAUCAAUCAAUUUGGGUAUAUGAAGAAGGGGAUGUGGGUCCCUAUGACAAGAGAUUUGAAUAUCGCCCAGGUAUCUAAAGCAAAGAUAGGAAUGAAUGGAGAUGCAGAAGAUGAUUAGUUUACAUUCUUUUGUCAUAUUUUUGAAAUUAUGUCCUUUCUUAUAUUUCUUUGCACAAAAUUUUAUUGAAGCUAUACGU